UUACGGAGAGAGAUAGAAAUAACAAUUCUCUAUGGUUGGUUGGUUUGCUUAAAUAUUCAGAUGGGUAUGUGCGAUCGUAUAGUACACUGGUAUCAUAUUUUGUGACUGUGAUCAAGUACUCAAACCAAAAAAUCUUCAAGGGUCAAAGGUUUUCCGGGAAAGUGCGAGAGAUGCUUGUAUCUCCAUCUCGAGUACAAGAUUCUAAAUCUUAAAUAAAUGUGCUCCUAAGUAGCAAAGCAUAGAUUAAUUAGCUCAGAUACGUCGGACCUAAUUUGGAGAGUGACAUGUAUCCAGUUGUAGCAAAAAUGAUGAAGGAAAAGGCAGAGAGAUUGGAAUGUAGCAAUGAAAAUAUUCUAUAAGAAAAAUGGUUCGAAAGUGACACUCCCGCUUAGCAUCGCUAUGAAUCGUAUCCCUCUACCUAAGCUUAGCUAAUCCUGACAUUAUAACAAACGCAGCUCAAACACCUAACUCUUGCCUCCUCCGCAAUCCCCACCACACACAACACGGUGACGACCUAAAACUGGCCCCUCCAUCCCUCCUGCCACAGUGCUCUCAAGUCCGAUCUCAUCCUGUCCCACCGAGAAAGAACGAGAAUGCCGCGCCACCUGAUGCAGCAGUCCGUCGACCGCCUGGCCGCGAUGGCCGCCCGGCCGGUGGCCGGCGGUGGGACGAGCGUGCACACGGACACGCUGCUCAUCCUGGCGGCGGUGCUCUGUUUCCUGCUCUGCGUGGUCGGGUUGGCCAUGGUCGCCCGCUGCUCCCGCAUGUGCAACCCCUCCGCCUUCUCCGUCGAGUACGUGCCGGGCGCAAUGGCCAAGGCGCCGUGCAAGGGGAUGAAGAAGAAGGCGCUGGAGUCGCUGCCGACCGUGUCGUGGCAGCCGGAGCCGAGCAAGGAGGUGGACGAGGAUGGGGCGGAGCGGCCGGAAUGCGCCAUCUGCUUGGCGGAGUUCACGCGCGGCGACGAGGUGCGCGUGCUCCCGCACUGCGGACACGGCUUCCACACCGCCUGCGUCGACGCGUGGCUCCUCUCCAGCACCACCUGCCCGUCCUGCCGCCGCGCCCUCGUCGUCGUGGCCGCCCAAUCGCCGGCAGCCACCGAGUCGCCCCCUCCCCGGACGUGCUGCGACCGUGCCGACGUAGUCGCGGCUGCGCAGGCCUCAGCCGCCGGCACAGUAGCCGACGAGACCGGACGGGGCACUUCCACCUCUGACCUUUCUUUUGUCAGCUAGCUCUUUUGGUUGGUAUACUUAUGUAGCUGGUAAGUACACGUACGUAUUCCCUUCCUUUCAAAAUAGAUGACCCAACUUUAUACUAAUGUUAGUAUAAAGUUGGGUCAUCUAUUUUGGAACAGAGAGAGUACAAAAUGCAACUGUACAGCGUGCGAUGGUGCAUCACUUAGUUAAUUUCGGUCUGUAACAUAUUUCAUCUGUAAAUACCUGUAGAUCGGUCAUUUUCAGUUGAUUGAUUUAACAAAAUCUGGCCGGCGACGCGGUGUAAAAAAACGAUUUAUCUAAUUCACAUCUAGUUGUUUUUUAGGAAGAAAA